AUGUUGUCGUUGCGAGUACUUCUGUUCAUUGCUUCUUUAAUUUUUAUUAUUAUAUUAAAUGUCAUUGACCAAGCCAAAUCCAAUGAGUAUAGAAUUGUUGAAACCAUCACCGGAGCAAUUCGUGGCAGGCGAAAUGUGACAUUAUUAAAAGAAGUUCCGUUUUAUUCAUUCAAGGGCAUACCGUAUGCUCAGCCUCCGAUAGGUGAACUUCGAUUCAAGGCACCAAAGCCGGUUGAAUCGUGGAAACCAAAUGUGUUGGAUGCAUUUGAUUUUGGCGACAUGUGCACACAACCGUUACUUCUCUUGCCAUCAUCAUUUCCACAAAGUGAAAUUUGUUUGACUUUGAAUAUUUACGUCCCGGAUUCUGAUGUGAAAUCAAAGUUGGCCGUACUCUUUUUCAUACACGGUGGCGGGUAUACAGAAGGUUCCUAUCACGACUCAAUUUUCGGUCCGGAUUUUAUCGUUGAAAAAGAGACAAUUUUGGUGACCAUUAACUAUCGAUUGGGUGCAUUUGGUUUUUUAUCACUUGAUUCGCCGGAAUAUUCCGGUAAUAUGGGUUUGAAAGAUCAGCAGCUGGCUUUAAAAUGGAUUCACGCAAAUAUUGGCCGAUUUGGUGGUGACAAUAAACGAAUCACUGUUUUUGGUCAAAGUGCCGGCGGUUCGGCAACAAAUUAUCACAUGUUAUCAGCUGAAUCACGUAAAUAUUUUAGAAAUGGAAUUUUAAUGAGUGGAUCGGCUUUCAACUACUAGGCGUUAUCACCGGAAAAUAAUCAUUUAUCGCGCCUGUAUCGAAUUUUGGAAGAAAUGGGAGAACCAAACAAAUCUUAUGACGAAUUGGUGGAUUUUUUGAAAACAGCUCCAACUGAACAAUUCACCAAACUGGCAGCAAUCAAUAACGAAGAUAAUGUGCGAUUCACAAUACCAUUUGGGCCAAUUGUUGAAAGAAGUGAUGCAAAGCAUCCAUUCAUGAUGAAAUCUCCAAAGGAACUUUACAAGACAUCGAAGAUAAACAUGGACUCUAUGUUCACGGUUACACCUGUUGAAAUGAUGUCGCUGGUAUCAAAACCAUCAGCUGCAGUCUUGGCAAAGUUGAACCUUAAUUUUAAUCCUCCGCUGCCGUUUCAAAAACUAAAUUUAUCACUGGAAUCCAAAGAGCAUCGCAGUUUAAAUGAUGAAAUCCGAAAAUUCUAUUUUGGAAAUGAUGUCAUCGAUGAGCGUUCAAUACCGCAAUUUUUCGACUAUGUGUCCGAUUUGAAUUUGGCAUGGGGCAUCGAUAAAGGUGUUAAAAUGCAAGCGACACACUCA